UGUUUGGAGCGCUCGACAUGCGCCUCCACCACACGUACGACCCGCGCGGCGAGCAGACGCCGUUCGAGCUCCAGCACGAGCUCGCCGAGCGCUACGCGGUCCUGCCGCCGCUGCCCGACGACCGCUUCCUCUGCUCGUUUGGCCACAUCUUCGCGGGCGGGUACAGCGCGGGCUACUACUCGUACAAGUGGGCCGAGGUGCUCUCCGCCGACGCUUUCGCCGCCUUCGAGGAGGCCGGCCUCGACGACGAGCAAGCGGUGCGCGAAGUCGGCCGCCGCUUCCGCGACACGGUGCUCGCGCUCGGCGGAGGCACCGCCCCAUCGGACGUCUUCCGCGCCUUCCGCGGCCGCGACCCGAGCCCCGAGCCGCUGUUGCGCCACUCUGGCCUCGCGUGA